AUGCGGGCCUCAUACUGGUCAUACUUCUGUUGGCUAUAUUGUAGUUGGGAUAACUUGUCGCUGGCCUUGCGUUGUUGCGCGAGUGCUCGGUUUUCCGGGAUAUUUCCAUACAAGUACUCACGGCCCUCUCGCGUCUUUUGUUUUUCUGGAAUGCUAAUGGUAUCGCGAGAAACUUUUCUCACAGUAAACUUGACUGGCUUUUUCUCACCAGCCUUAGGUAGCACGGGCAGCAAAGUAGAGCUUUCAGCGCUCGACGUCUGCAGCGACCCAGAAUGGACGCGUUCCUCCUUUGGUUGUGAGUAUUGUGAUUGUUCCGUACGCGUUGAAUGUUCAGUGCUGUCUUGUGUAGCUUUCUUUGCUUGUCCAUUUUCAGCAGCGUCUGCCGCAUCCAAACGAUGCAUAGACAAACUUUUGAUGAGGUUUUCUGUUGAAUCCAUACUCAGUGCAGAACCCACAGAGGCUGUAGGCGACUGUACGGAUUCCUCCUGCGACACCUCAACCAUGACCACUUGUGUUGUGUUAUUGUCGGAUGUUAUGGUUUGCGUGGUAGAGUCAUUGCCACUUGCAGAUGUAAGUGGUUCAGUCAGAGUUUCGGUGGUCAUAAAAAAAGUCAGUGGUAAAGAUCUGGGGUAUCCGGAAAUAACAGAAAUGAAGGCGAUUAAGAAACCACAGAUAAACAAAAAGCUCCUUGUGUUGUGUCGUGCGUGA